AUGGCUAGUCCUCCCGUUCUAGCUUUCGAUGCCGAGGGCCGUCCGGUGAAGUUCGAAACCUGGCUAGAUGACCUGCACCUGUUCCUACAGCUCACUGCCAAAGAAGACAUCUCGCUGUACGACCACGCCCUAGGCCAUGCUACUGCCCCUGACACGUCUGCUGACAGCACUCUACGCUCUCAGUGGCAGACUCGUGAUGCGCACCAUCGCUUUGCUAUUCGCAACUCCCUGCCGCUAGACGAGCGCGAGCACUUCGGCCAGUGCAAGACUGCUAAGGACCUCUACACCGCUGUAGUUGCCCGUUACUCCUCACCCGCUUCUGCUACGCUAGGCCGCCUCACUCUCCCCUACCUGUUCCCCGACCUAGCCUCCUUUCACACUGUCGCAGACCUCAUCACCCACCUUAAGACUAGUGAGGCCCGCUUUCGCGCUGCUAUGCCUGCCGAGGACCACUUCCUCUCUCGCUCCCCCACUGAGCUCACUGUUGCCCUCCUCGAGAAGGAACUGCUUGCAGCUGAGGCGAGCAUCGUCGCUGUAGGCACCUCUCGUGGCGACCCCCGCACCCCGUUCUUCGAGGGGUGUUCCCCUUCCCCCCUCCUCCCCUCUGUCGCCUCUGCUGCUGCUGUCGACCUCCUUGGUGCUGAGAAGGUCGGGACCGCGUCUGCUUCGAGCGGGCGCCGCAGGAGCAAGGGAGGCAGGGGUGGGGGUGGUGGCGGAGGAGGUGGGGGUGGAGGCGGUGGGAGUGGAGGCGCGACUGGGGAGGCUAGUGGCGGCAGUGGGGGAGGAGACAGCAGCGGCGGGAGCGGUGGCAGGGGUGGAGGCGGCAGCGGAGGUGGAGGUGGUCGUGGCGGCGGCAGGGGUGGAGGUGGCCGAGGCGGUGGUGGUGGCGGUGGUGGUCGUGGAGGCACUGGCGGAGGCCCGAGUCAGCAGCCCGCCCCGACGCUUCAGGCCGCCCGUGAGUGGUAUGCGCAGCGUGGCUUUACCUGCACACUUUGA